AUGCCAGUACCGCUACCAUUUCUUGGCGGCUUUCUGUAUCGCCAGCUCUUCAUCACGCCCUCGCUGCCCAAGGCCCGGUUUGACGGACAGAACAUCAUCGUCACGGGAUCUAAUGUCGGCCUGGGACUCGAGGCAGCCCGUCACUUUGCUCGUCUGGGUGCAUCACGAGUCGUCCUAGCAGUCCGUGAUCUAGCAAAGGGCGAAGCAGCGAAGAAGUCCAUCGAUCGCGAUGUUUCUCCAUCAUGUGUCACUGUCAUGAGGCUAGAUCUCACCAGCUACGACAGCGUACAAGAGUUUGCAGCACGCAUCGAUGAGGAGCUUGAUCGUCUGGACGUCCUCUGCGCCAACGCUGGCAUCGCAACCGGAACUUUUCGUAUCGCAGAACAAGACGAGAGUACCAUUACGACUAAUGUUGUGAGCACUUUCUUGCUUGCUUUUCUCCUCCUGCCGAAGUUGAAGACGACUGCGGAGCGAUACAAUGUAUUGACCACUCUCACAUUCACCUCGAGCGAAGUUCAUGAAUUUACCGACUUUAGGGCCCCAGAAGAGGAAGACAUACUCACUGCGCUCUCGGAUCCAGUAAAGGCCAAUAUGGGUGAGCGUUACUUUGUGAGCAAAUUGCUGCAGGUAUUUACUACUCGAGAGAUGGCAGCCCGCGUAGGAGACUCCUAUCCGGUGGUCAUCAAUUGUUUGAAUCCUGGGUUUUGUCACUCUGAGCUUGCCAGAGAAGCAGGAUGGUACUUAUACAUCAUGGCCGUUCUUUUGGCAAGAUCAACGGAAGUUGGAAGUCGAACCAUAGUGGCUGCAGCGGCAGCAGGGCCAGAGUCUCAUGGGAAGUACAUGAGUGAAAGUAUGAUCACGGAGCCAGGCGAGAUGGUAAGGAGUAGAGAGGGGACCAUACUUCAGAGAAAAUUUUGGGCUGAGUUAUGUGCGCGACUAGAAUCGAUCAAGCCGGGGAUCACAGCGAAGCUGUAG